AUGCGUGCUCUCACACCACCGCCCGGCUCACGCAGCAGCGGCGGCGGCAGCCCGGCAGGCAGCAAAGGGGGCGCGCCCGGGAGCAGCGGGGGCGCGGCGCAGGCGGGGCCCGCGGAAGUCGAGCGGGCGGCGAGCCGGCGCGAGGAGGAGGGGUAUGGGGAGCCGUUGGUUGAUUUCAAGGCUUCAGACGGCGAAGGUGGUAGCGGCGGCGGCGGCACUGGGGGCGAGGCCAACGGAGGGGCAGCCAGCGACGGCGGCGGCUCCCCCCAGCGGCCGGAGGCGGACCAGCCGCUCAGCGCCAAGCGACGUGGCGAGCGCGGCUCCAGCCGCGAGCGCCGCCACAAGCGCCACAAGUCGGACAAGGACAGGGACAGGGAGCGGCGGCGCGGCAGCAGGGAGCGGAGGGAGGAGCGGCGCGGCGGCCGCGAGGGGGACGAGCAGCAGCCCGCCGCGACGGCCACAGCGGCCGCGCGCGACGGCGACGCCGGCGCCGAAGACGCGGCGGCCAAGGAGGCGCGGCAGCGGGAGAAGGAGGCGGCACGGGAGGCGCGCCGGCUGGAGCGCAAGGCGAGCAGCGGCAAGAAGCGCAGCAUACUGGGCGUAGCACUCGGCGGCCUGCUGGGCCAGGCCGGCGGCGGCGGGGGCAGCAGGGGUGAGGAGCAGGGGCGGGACCGGAAAGGCAAGGAGAAGGAAAGGGAGCGGGACCGCGGAGGCGGCGGCAGCAGGCACUCACACAAGCGCUCGCGGCGCGAUAAGGGCUGA